AUCAGUCCAACUGUAGUUUUUCUUCACCGAAACUUCAUCUGCAAUCCACCCAAAGUUCUCAUCUAAUUUGUAGUCGGUGAGAAGAGAUACUAAUUUUCUGCGGAAAUGAGUCCAAGUGGCUAUACUGUGGAAGUUACGAAUUUGUCGCCUAAUACAACUGAAAAGGAUGUGCAUGAUUUUUUUGGUUUCUGCGGUGCAAUUGAACAUGUCGAGAUUGCCAGAAAUGGUGAAUAUGCAUGCACAGCCUACGUGACAUUCAAAAAUCCCCAUGCUUUGGAAACUGCUGUCCUUCUCAGUGGAGCUACAAUUGGUGAUCAACCCGUUUCCAUAAACCCAUGGGGGCAUUACGAGGAUGCCUACGACCUCUGGAAUCGUCCUUCGUGGAAAAUCGAAGAUGAAAGCAGUACAAGUGACUCUCAAAGCAUGCGACAUGUUCCUACUGCUGGAGAAGCAGUGUCGUUGGCUCAAGAUGUGGUGAAAACAAUGGUAGGUAAAGGAUAUGUGCUGGGAAGAGAUGCAUUGGGAAAGGCGAAAGCGUUUGACGAAUCUCACCAAGUUUCAGCUACUGCAGUGGCUAAAGUUGCAGAGCUGAGUGAAAAAUACGGGAUAACCGAUAAGAUAUUUGCCGGGGUGGAAGCGGCUAGAUCGGUUGAUCAAAGGUACCAUAUUUCGGGUACUACAAAAUCAGCAGUUUCAGCUACUGGUAGAACUGCAGCUUCUGCAGCGAGCGCUGUGGUGAACAGCGGCUACUUCUCUAAGGGAGCACUUUGGGUAUCAGGUGCUCUGGGCCGGGCUGCACAAGUUGCAGCCGACUUGGGCGGUCGUGGCACGAACAAAUGACCAUUUUGCCCUCCACUGGUUUUAUUCGUUUCCUCUGUGUAUAUAUAUACAUACAUAAACGUUACGGUCGGCUAUAUAUGUCCUUUUUUUUUUUUUUU